GAGAGAGAGAGAGAGAGAGAGAGAGAGAGAGAGAAAGGGAGGAAGUCCACACAAGUUUGUUUUACGGGACUCAGCCUGGGCCGGGACGAGGGGCAGUGCUGCAUCUGGACGUCGGGGAAAAGUGAAGCCGACCGGUGCAGCCGAGCAAAGAGGAGCUGCCCAGAGACUUUUCCCAACGGCCAGGAGACACUGACUGACAGAGAGAGAAGGGAAUCACAAACAUAAAGCUGGGCAAAAAGCACAAACAUGGCUGCUAAAUCUCUGUCCUGCCUCUGCCUUCUCUGCAUCCUCUCAGGGACUGUCUAUCCAGCUUCUGCCGCCAGGCUUGGGGAACAGCAACAGUCAGUGCUACAAUUGUGUGCAAAGGGAUUUUUCCUCAGUGAGCAAAACAUCUGUCUACCAUGUAACUGCAAAGGCCACGCUGACUACUGUGAAGACAUCACUGGUGUUUGUAAAAACUGCAGGGACCACAGUACAGGGGAUUUCUGUGAAAUGUGUGAAGACGGAUACAUGGUGUCUCCCACCCUGGAUGGACGCCACACCUGCAAACCCUGCGCCUGCCCCCUCUCUGUCCCCUCCAAUAAUUUCGCAGUGCACUGUGACAGAGGAAGUGCCAUUCUGCGGUGCAAGUGCCAAGAGGGCUAUGCUGGGCAUGUCUGUGAGAGGUGUGCUCCUGGUUACUAUGGCAACCCAAUGGCAAUUGGUAAUUCCUGCAAGAGGUGCGACUGUAACGGCAACUCCGACCCCAACCUGAUCUUCAAUGAGUGCCACAACGUGACGGGUCACUGCCAGCACUGCUGGGGAAACACCGCCGGUGCCAACUGCGAGAGGUGUGCCCCGGGUUUCUACGGCGACGCCAUCAGUGCCAAGAACUGCCAAGAAUGUGAGUGCAACAAAUGUGGCACCUCUUCAUGCGACGACAGGACUGGAGUGUGUCACUGCAAACCGGGGGUCACUGGACGAUACUGUGACCAGUGUGAGGAAGGAUACUCCGGUUUCUCCAGCUGUCAGGGCUGUCGGAGGUGUGAAUGUGGGCCAGCUUCCCAUCGCACCACCUGCCAUCCCCUCACUCACGGCUGUCCAUGCCGCCCGGGGGCCGGAGGUCGUUACUGCGAGCGCUGCCUCCCAGGAUACUGGGACUACAGCCCCUCCGGCUGCCAAAAGUGUGACUGUGAGAGUGGCUACUGUGAUACGCAUACAGGAGAAUGCCUGGCCGAGGCUGCAACAGUCAACCUGUGCAACAUCAGUUGUGAUGAGUGUAUUUGGCAUCUGAUUGGGGACUUGCGUCUGUCCAAUAAGACACUGGACCAGCUUAAGGUUGGAGUGUUGAACAUCUCCACUGGGGCUGCUGCUAACGACAGGCUAAAGUAUUACAACUACACUGCUCAUCGACUGCAAACUCAGUUUCAAAACUGGAGAAACAAGUCGUCCAUGAUGAAGGUCCAGACUGGUGAGCUGGAGGAGGCUACAAGCGCAGUGGUGUUGGACAUCAAGCAGAUGGGAGAGUCGGAGAAUGUGGUGAAGAAUCUGGGCAACGAGUUAGAUAACGACACACUGGAGACCUUCACCCUGGCUGAGCAGCUCAGCACAAAUCUCACCGACCUCAACACACGUAUUGAAGAGAUGAUCCAUGACUGGGAGCUGUACAGCGUUCUACAGGAUGUGGAUCCAGAGGUGGCCAGAAGAAACACUGAGGCGGCUCAGGAAAUGAUAGACUGGAUGAAGACACUGAACCUGUCGUCACAAGUGCCUAUCGCCAUCGCUGAGACAGAGGAGGCCCACGACUUGCUGAGGCGCAUCCGUCAGUUGGAGAAGAAGCUGAUGAUGACAGACGGCCGCCUCCCGUCCAUCAGGGAUGUCAUCUCUCGACUCUCCAGCAGGCUGUCAGAUGCUCGUGGAUUUCUCCUGAAAGCAUCCAGCACUGUACAGGAGACUGAGGACAAGAACAGAGCCAGCGUCCUCAAAUUCCAGAGGAAAGAGGCGAAGCAGCAGACUCUGACUCAGGACCACGCUGCUGUCAACGACACACUGGAAACAGCACAAGCUUUCAUCUCCGAAACAGAGAGGACUGUGGCUGAGGUGGAAGCUAUGGUGCAGAACGUGACUCAGUACCACGCCGCGAUCGAUGGCGCCAGUCAAAAGCUGAUGGACAAGGCGGAGCGUCUCUCAAUGGCUGACAGAGAUCUGGUCCAGCAGGCCAUCAAUCACGCUGACGACAUGGACUUACAGGCCCUCCAGCUGGAGGAGGAUCUGAAAGAGAGCGACGCCAACGGCUUCGUUCAGCGAGCCAUAAGUGCCGCCAACGUGUACAACAACAUAGUGAAAUACAUCGACGACGGCAAUAUCACCUCGCUCACCACCCUCAACUUAUCCCAGAGAGCUGAAGAUGCCAUCACUGGCAUUAACGUACAGCUCAAUUACCUGGUCACUAAGAGCGACAAUGUUUUCAAGGAGUCUGUUUCGUUGCAUUCAGAACAAAAGGAGGUAGAAGGUGAGGUGACUGACAAACUACACUACAUUGAGGAGACCAAAGAGACCAUGGAUAAAAACACCAAGAAACUUGCAGAAAUAGUCCAGGAUAUCAAGGAAAUUCACAAAGACAGAACGCCGCAGCGUCUGGAGUUCACCAUGAAAGUAGCUGAAGGGACUCUGAACCGCUCAACAGAAGUCCUGCAGACGAUCACUCCCAUCAGCAGCAAGGUGGAGGAGUGGGCCAGCAACAUGCAAAACAAUGAAUACUCCACAGAUGCAUACGAACAGGCUGUUGUCUCCGCAGGGGAAGCAGUGGAGAACCUGAAUGUGCUUGUUCCUGAGCUGCUGGACAAGCUGAAGGUGGUCGAGGACAAGAAGCCCGUCAACAACGUGACCACCAACAUCAUGAGGAUCAGAGAGCUCAUAGCCCAGGCCAGGAGUGUCGCCAAGAAGGUCCAGGUGUCCAUGAAGUUCAACGGACAGUCCUCAGUGGAGGUUCAUCCCCACAGCAACCUGGAAGAGCUGAAGACGGUGACGUCCAUCAGCUUGUUCAUGAGAGUGGACCCUGACAAGGACCCCAUAGAGGACCGGUUCAUCUUAUACUUGGGAGACAGAAAUGGUAGGAAAGACUACAUGGGACUUGCAAUCAAGAACGACAACCUGGUGUUCGUGUACAACCUCGGGGGGGAAGAUGUCGAGAUCCCGCUGGGUUCAAAGCCUGUCAGCCAGUGGCCUGCAGUCUUCAACUACAUCAAAGUAGAGAGGCUGGGCCGACAUGGAAAAGUCUUCCUGACCAUACCAAGCCACAAAACCACAGACGAGCAGAAGUUCAUCCAGAAAGGCGAAGCUCCUGGAACUGACUCACUGUUCGACAUCGACCCCAACGACAUAGUGUUCUUUGUUGGUGGUGUCCCACCAGAUGUCAGGCUGCCACCUCCUCUGAGUCUUGCUCCUUUUGUGGGCUGUAUCGAGUUGGCCUCGCUCAACAACGACGUGAUCAGCCUGUACAAUUUCAAAGAGACUAACAAAAUAGACAUAGUUGCAUCUCCACCGUGUCCCAGGUAUAAGUUGGCAUUCUCCCAGAGCCGCAUUGCAAGCUACCUGUUUGAUGGAACAGGUUACGCACUUAUCAAUAAUAUUGAGAGUAGAGGGAAGUUUGGUGUUGUCACAAGAUUUGAUAUUGCAGUGCGAACAGUCGCAAACAAUGGCGUCCUGUUCCUCAUGGUCAAUGGGGAUAAAUUCUUCCUUUUGGAGCUAAAGAAUGGCUUCCUGCGCUUAAUGUAUGACUUUGGCUUCAGCAACGGGCCUAAACUUUUGGAGAAUAACUUACCCAAGCUGCAAAUAAAUGACGCAAGAUACCACGACGUUUCAGUGAUCUACCAUCAGUCAAAGAAAGUUAUCCUGCUGGUGGAUAAGAGUCAUGUUAAAUCUAUGGAGAAUCCGAAAACCAUACUGCCCUUCGCAGAUAUCUACAUUGGCGGGGCUCCGUCCAGCGUCCUCAAAUCCUUGCCAGAGUUGUCUUCUGUUGUUGGCCUGAAGGGUUGCGUUAAAGGAUUCCAGUACCAGAAGAAGGACUAUAACUUGUUGGAGCAGCCUGGUACUAUUGGCAUCAGCAGCGGCUGCCCUGAAGAGUCCUUUAUGUCCCGUAAAGCCUAUUUCAGUGGAGAGAGCUACCUCGGAUCCACAGCAAAGAUUUCACCCUUCGAUAACUUUGAGGGAGGAUUUAACUUCAGAACGCUACAGUCCAGCGGACUCCUGUUCUACACCAGCGAAGGGUCUGAUGAGUUAACCAUCUCUCUGGAGAACGGAGGAGUGGUGCUGAACAACAGAGGCACUAAGGUCAAAUCGCACAAGAAACAGUACAACGAUGGAAGGACACACUUCUUAGUGGCCUCAAUCAACAACCAGAAGUAUUCACUGUUGGUGGAUGACAAAGACAAGCAGGAGAAGAAGCGUCCAUCGUCAGCACCAAGAUCCUCCUCAGAGGCUACUACGAGGACGUUUUACUACGGAGGGUCUCCAAGCAGCAGCUUCAAGAACUUCACCGGCUGCAUCAGCUACGCCUACAUCAACAGACAAGACCGGGACAUUGAGCCUGAGGACUUUCAGAGAUACACAGAGAAGGUCCAGACCUCCCUGCAGGACUGUCCAGUACAGCGACCCCCUGCUGCACUGCUGUCAAGGCACAGAGAUAACACUGCCAGGGCCAAACAGAGCCAGUCACACAAGGUAACCAGGGAUAAGUCCAGCCUUCCCCUAGGUUUGAUGGAACUGAAGAGUGAUGACCAGGAGCCACCAGAGCUGAACAUUGAGUCCUGCUACCUCACCACAAGUCCCAGAUCAACCCGCCAAGCCUUCCACUAUGGCGGCAUCGCCAACAGCAGGCAGCACUACGCCGACAUCCCAGACUCUCUUUCUCAGAGGUCCCACUUCUCCUUGUCCCUGAAGACCCACUCGUCCUUUGGCCUCAUCUUUUAUGUAUCUGACGUCCAAGAGGAUGAUUUUAUGGCUCUCUUCCUGGCCCAUGGAAAGCUCGUAUACACUUUCAACGUAGCGCACCAACGAGUUAAAAUCAGGAGCGAGGAAAAAUACAAUGACGGUGCCUGGCACAAUGUUAUUUUUAUCCGUGAUGGGAGCGUGGGCCGAUUAAUAAUUGAUGGACUCACAGUGCCGGAAGACAGAGUUCAGGCAAACAACGUGUCCUGGCAUGUCAGCAGCCCCAUCUAUGUCGGAGGAGUUCCUCCAGGGAGAGCCCAAAAGAACAUUCAGAGAAACUCUGCAUACAGCUUCACUGGCUGUCUGAAGAACCUUCUGCUGGAUGGACAGUUGCUGCCCUCAGCAUCAGAGACUUAUGGGGUCACUCCGUGCUUUGAGGGACAUUCUGAGGCGGGAACAUACUUCUCAGAGGAAGGAGGAUAUGUCGUCCUGGAUGAAUCGUUUUCUGUGGGGCUGAAGUUUGAGCUGGCAAUGGAGGUGCGCCCUCGUGUGGCGUCUGCAGUGCUGCUGCAUGUGCGCACCACAGAGGGAUACUUCACAGUGUACAUUCAUCAGGGAGCAGUGGUGGUUCUUGUAAACGAUGGGACGAAUGAGUUCUUCACAAGGGUGUCACCAAAACAGGGUGUGUGUGAUGGUACCUGGCACAAAAUCACAGUGAUUCGGGAUGGCAACAUUGUCCAGCUGGUUGUGGACGCUGAGAUCAGCCAUGUUGUGGGUCCUCCAAACCCCCUGUCCUCAGACACAAAGAGGCCAGUAUUCGUGGGCGGAGCUCCAGAUCUUUUCCUCCCAGAGAACAUCGUCACCAGGAAGCCCUAUGUGGGCUGCGUGAGGAACCUGAGCAUCGACGACAGCCGAGUGAGCUUCAACAAAGCUGUUCUGGUCAACGGAGCCGUCAGCAUCGGAAGCUGUCCAGCAGCAUAACACUUAAAUCAUCUCUAUCCCCAAUACAGCACUGACCAAACACAUUGUAGAAACUGUCUGUCUGUUAAACAUACACACUAAGAGUAUCAUCGUCCUUUUCACUCUCUGAUGCUUAUUUCUGUUAUUUGUCGAUGCCUGUUUUUUUUGUCCCACACCAAGAAUUAAGACCAAAAAAUUAACCGCAAAGGAAACAUUUAUGAGAAAAUGUAAGCACGUCUGAAUGGAACCAACCUGUGAAAUUUACUGCCAAUUCAAGAUCUACAUUUUCUUUGUUCUUACAGUUCACAAUAUGAAACACACAUUAAUUGACACUAAUCCAUUCUAGAGUACAAUUAACUCCAUCACUCCACUUUUUUAACUUGAUGGCACAUUUUUCUUGUACAAGCUCAUGUUCAAAAUCUGUUUUUUGUACUGCUUCGUUUCUGAUAAUAAAAGUUUUUCAUUCA